UCUCCCGCGUCAUCCUCGUCACGGCGCCACCGAACAGCCAUGCCGGGCCGCCUGCUGCGGGGCCUGUGGCUGCGAUGGCGCCGUUACAGGUACCGCUUCGUACCUUGGAUCGCGCUGAAUCUAAGCCACAACCCGAGGACCCUCCGAUAUGUUCCAGAGGAAUCCAAAGACAAAGUUAUCUCAGAUGAAGAUGUCCUAGGAACAUUACUGAAAGUUUUCCAGGCUCUAUUCAUAAAUGAUUUCAGUAAACAAUCAGAUAUCUUGACUAUGCUUCCAGAACCUAUUAAAUCAAAAUAUCAAGAUCUACUGUCAGUUCAACAUCCAAGGGUGAAUCUGCUUGAAUACAGACAUCAUCAGCAAAAUAUCUUUAAACCAGAAGAAGUUCUUUAUAAAACAUUGGGUUUCAGUGUUGCCCGAGCAACUAGCUCAUUGAUUUCUGCUGGAAAAGGUGUCUUCGUUACUAAAGGAUUGGUACCAAAAGGCGCGGUUGUAUCUAUGUAUCCUGGUACAGUAUAUCAUAAAUAUGAGCCAAUCUUUUUCCAGUCCAUUGGAAAUCCAUUUAUUUUUAGAUGCUUGGAUGGGGUACUCAUUGAUGGAAAUGACAAAGGAAUAUCAAAAGUCGUGUACAGGUCUUGCAAUGGGAGGGAUCGACUUGGCCCUCUAAAAAUGAGUGAUAGUACAUGGCUAACAUCAGAAAUUCAGAAUCCACUGGCCAUAGGACAAUAUGUCAAUAAUUGUUCAAAUGACCAGCUAAUGUCUGUUAUCAGGAAUUUGAUGUGCCUGCAGUUUUUCCUAUAGAAUUGAAGCAAUAUCUUCCAAACAUUGCCUACAGCAAUGAUAAACAAAGUACACUUCGAUGUGUCAUUCUUGUUGCACUCAGGGACAUCAAACAAGGAGAAGAGCUUUUUUCAAACUAUUAUACAAUUGUCAGCUAACUAUGAAUUAGAAGUUAGGUUUUUCUACUCAUCUAUUGAAUUAAUUCUAAAUGUUUUUUGUUAAUUAUUCCUGAGUUCCACCUGUACAAAAAAUAUUUUGAGACCUAAUUGGAAUGGGAGUUUUUUUGUUUUUAUUGAUACUAUAUUUGUUUCAAUUCCAUGACAAAAAGCUAUUUGCUUUAAUUUCAAAUAUGUAAUGAAUUACAAUUUUAUUUGGUUUUCACUUAAAUACACAGAAGCUUGUUAAGUUAAUACCUGCCUGAACUUAUAUAAUUUCAAUGGGUUUUUUUUUAUUUGUGUAUCUCUUUGGUGGUUUAUAAAAUUUUAGCCAAGUCAUCAGCAAUUCUUGCAGUGUUGAUAUGUAUGAACUUCUAUAAAAGCUCUAUUUUUAUAGAAUAAAGCCAAAAAUAUUUGUUGUUACCAUGAAUUAAUUGGGGUGUGCUUGUGUAUGUGUGUAAUUAAAGAUUGUUUUAGCUGGCUAAGGGAGAAAUGGGGGGUCAUUAUACUAUUUUCUGUACUUUAUUUGACUAGUUACACAUACAGUUUAAAAGUGUGACAGGUUGUUUGGCGUGGGAAUAUAGUUAAAAGAUAGUGUUGGGCAGAACACGUAUUCCCCAUUUCUCCUGUUUCCAUGUGGAAGGCUUCCAUUCGUAAUGCUCCAGGCCUCUCUCUCCACCCACUGGAGAGAAUUUUGCUAAGAUUAUCCUUGAAGAAGAACUAGACACCUAUGGCCCAGACCCCUCUAGAUCCUUCUCUGUGGACUCUACCUGCAGAGAAUGUGUCCUCGGCUGCCCUAUGCAAGGAGUAGCCUGUAGUCAGCCCAGCCAGUGAUGGAGUGAGUCUCGUUCUGAGGUGGAGUAUCAGUGAGCCAACUUGGCCGCAGCUCUGAAGCCACCUUCUCCGGAGAGUUUUCUUAGUAAUAAUUACUUUGAUCUCCAUCAACCUGACUCCUGCGUCUAACUCUCAGUUCCAAACAUGGAUAAGGAAGAGGGUGUUAUUUAUUGGGCCCCCCAGAUCCUAACAUGGAACCUGUAUAACCAGAUUCUAACCACCUUCACUGCUACAGCAACAGCUUUUCUCAAUUUAGUGCAAUUUUAAUAGCCUCCUGCCCCCUUUACAGAAUAGAUCACCGAGUGAUUCUUUUGAAAGUCAGAUCUUGACCUGCCUCUGUGUACUCCUAUCCUGGAGUAAGCACGGAAGUCCUUCACAUACAUGAUAUAGCUGCUUACUACCGCUGAACUCAUCUCCUGCUCACUGCACCCUAGGUCACACCUGCCUGUCUCUCCUUGAAACAGCCAGGCACACUCCUACCUCAGGACUUUUGCACUAGUUCUGCCUGCAAAGAUCUCCCCCCAGACAGCCUGUAACUCAUUCCCUCCGUCACCCUGCCUUACCACCCUAUUGAAAUCUACAAUCCCCAGCUGCCACCCCUGAAACUCCCCAUUCCACUUCCCUUCUUUUUCUCUAUAGCAUUUAUCAUGAAUAUACACCUCCAUGACAGCUUCUCUGAUUAUUUUUCUCAAACUCAUUUGUCUUUUGUCACAAAGAUCCUGAGAAACCAAGGGAGACUCGUCUUGUUAAAAGCCAACCUACUUAACUGAAAAGAUCCUGUUACCUAGAAAUUUAUGUACAUAUAAAAUAUGGAAACCAACUCCUGUGGACAUAUUAGGUGGGCUGAAGCAUUUACAAAUGAAGUGUUACAAUGUCGAUGACUUGAAAAACAGUUCAGAAAAAAAAAUGCAUGUUAUAUAGAGAUCGAAUAUAGUAAAAUGCUAAUUGUUCUGUCUGGGUUGUUCUUUAUACCUUUCUUUUAACUUUUGUCUUAAAAGUUUGGGUUUUUUUUUUAAGUUGGAGAAAAAGUCUCUAUCAGCUUAAGAGUAACAUGUCAUCAAACAUUUAGUGAAUACCUACCACGUGAAAGGUCCUGAGAGAUUCAAAGAAUAAAACACGGUUCCUGCUCCUAAAAUGUUCACAGUGGGAGUAUAAAGCUUGCACAGUAUAACUUGGUCUGGACUGGAAAGAUGGAGUAAAGGUAUUUUUUAAA